UGCGGUGAGGUCAGAGGUCAGGUUCUAAAAAUGGCUGCAGCAGACGACACACGUGAAACAACAAGGACAAGCAAUGAUACAGACCACUUCUAUUCAUAGCAGCACAUCAACCGGCGACACUACGACAUGGCUGACCCUGGAGCAAAAAAGGAGGUGGAUAUAUACCGAGAUACGCUUCUGCGUUACCUAGGAUAUGCUAAUGAGGUCGGCGAGUCGUUCCGUGCCCUGGUGCCGGUGAGUGUGGUGUGGGGCAGUUAUGCAGUCGCCACGGCCUACUGCACAGCAGACGCUGUCGACAAGGGCAGGAAAAUGGCCAAGAACCCGAAGGUGGAACCUGCAGAGAAGACUAAGAAGGUGACCCAGGCGGUGGUGGACACGUUUGUGUGGCAGGGCCUGGCUUCUGUGGCCAUCCCAGGCUUCACCAUCAACAGAAUAUGUGCCUUGUCCCUGUACCUGCUGAGGAAGUCUACAAACCUGCCGCUUCCCGUCAGGAAAUGGGCGACAACUGCCGUCGGGCUGUCUGCAAUACCUGUCAUCAUACAUCCUAUUGAUAGGUCAGUUGAUUACCUCUUGGACAGCACUCUGCGAAAAUGGCUGGACAUUCAGCAUCACCAUGGCAACUGAACCGUCAACACUGCAGGGAAACGUAGAGGAUGAAGUACCAAAGUUGUGCUCAUGUAAACUAUGCACACAAAUCUGAUCAUACUGGGUCUACAAGAGCUUGAACUUGUGCAUAUUUCUGCAGUGUACAGUUUUGUUGUUAACCUGUUUUUUUACAUGUUAAUGUAUGUUGCAUGUUAAUGUAGGAGUUUUCAUGGGGUUGCACAUUUGCCAAGUGUACAGAUUUCUUGCUUACCUGCUAUAUGCCAUAUAUUUUUGCCAUGCUAGCUAUAUGGCUGUUGUCAGUAUCAAUAUACUUCUCAUUAUGUUGUACUUACUUUGAGCCUGGGGUGCUGCCUCAAAGCCCCAAAACUCUGUUCUCUUUUGGUUCUUCUCUUAUAGCUGUCCAUCAUAAGACAAUGAUGACUGCAUCUCAACAUCAUUUUAGGACAUUUCAUAAAUAUCAAUGUGUUGAUUUUUGGGUGUUUUGCACUUGGAGGUAAUGUUUGUGAGAAAGUCAGUGAAAACAUGUUACCAGUUUUUAUAGAUACAUGAACAUUUUUUUAUAUGAUAUCAGUACAAGUUGUUUGUUGGUGCUAUAUGAUCUCAGGAUUGUUUUCUCUUUUUUACUAUAGGUACGUUGUCAUGUAUAUUAUUACUAAUGUUUUCUAAUGUGGAAUGUUUUAUUUUAUAUGGACGUUAAACCAGAGAGAGGGAGAGAGAGAGAGAGAGAGAGAGAGAGAGAGAGAGAGAGAGAGAGUACACAAGCUGCUACAACUUAACUGUACUGAAUGUUUCAUGACCUUUUGACUGAUUUCAAUAGAAAGUUUUGUGGACUAACACAAUGUUGCUGAAACAUUCACUACCUUAGUAACAGUCAUACAUCCAGAUUUGUACAGAGAAAGGGUAUACACAUGCCAAAGCUAUGCUUAAGUAGUUGGAAGGAGUCCAAUGUAUACAACCCUUGUUCUGCUGUGUUGAUGUGUAGUGUUAAGCUCAGACAGUCUGAGGAUUUUCAUAGAACAAAUACAAAAUGUAUGUGCAUGGGAGAAAGGUGUCCACAAAAAGAUAGCAUAUGGAUGUAUGCUACUUGAGGUGCUUUACAAGUUUUUACUGUGUUUUUACUGUGAUUGUUGACAUGUUGAUGUGUUUUCCAUGUUGAAGAAGUUAUUAUUACACAAAGGCAAUAGCAUGGGUUUGGUUUUGUGAUGAGUUCAACUCCCCCACUGUUACAGAUGAAUUGCAAUGAACAACUUCUGUAAAAACAACAGUGACCAGAGUACAAUUGAUUUAACUUGUGUUCAUAAUAUUUACCCAUGUUUUCUGGGCAGGGUUGGAAGCUGGAUGUUAAGUGACCAUCAUUUUCAGGUUGUUGUUUCAUGUUGAGAUGUUUAAAGAAGAAUAAUCAACUGUGCCAUAUGGAGGUUUCUAAAUGUUUGAAAACUUUUAUGAAUGUUCAGUGGAGGUGUCUGUUAUACCACAGGGGGUUUUGAAGCUCCUUGGUCAUCGGAAUUUCAAAAGUUUAAAUGUUUAUAGAUACACAUUCACAUUGAUUUGUGGUAUAUCAUGGAAUUGUGGAUCGUAGUUCAUUUUAGAUAUGUGUAUUUUUCUUGCAUGACAAGACGCACAAUGUAAUGAUAGAGGAAAUGAUGUAUAAUAGACACUGGUAUAGAUUUCAAAUGAUUGUAUAGGUGUAGAUUUCAUCCUAUUGAUAUUUCAGCAUUUGAAUGUUCACAUCGUGUUGGAAACUUUAUUUUGUUGAGAAAUAAUAAAGAACGCAGUUCUAAAGAA